UCCUCACUACCGUCUAGUGUCUACCAGUAUUGUAAUUACUUUGAUUAAACUGAUUAUAAAUUAUAAAUUAGUCAUUACUCUUUAGUCUUUACACGUUUAUACGCAGUCUAUACUGAGUACUUGUCAAUUUUCAAGAAUGUACAGUACUAUAUUAUGGUACUAUUUAGUGACAAACUGAGACAGUGUCAGUAGUGCGAUUGGUUUUAUACCACAGUACACCACAGCUCCACGUAUAUCGUAUAUAAUAUAUAUUAUAUUAUAAUAUUGCUCUACCUAUGCUAUUAAGACAGUGUUAAGUAUUUACUGUUUAAUAAUAUAAUAUAUUUGUUAUUGAAAACUAAACCACAUUAUCGUAACUAAAAUAUUUUGAGAAAUGUUAAACUUUUUUUCUGUGUAAUGUUUGUGUACACUUGAAGAAUUAUUUACAUAUCUAAUUGUUUAAUUUUCUUAAUUUUUUUGGAUUUUGUAUUUAUAUUGAUAUGGACAAGAAAUAUAUUGAGUUAGAUGACAAUGUGCUGGAUCAAAUUCUUAAAUCGGAAACUGACCUACAUAAUUAUUCUCAGCAGGUAGAAUCUGAUUUGAAAAAUCAUGAGAACCUCGAUGUGGAAAAAUAUAUUAAGUCUGGAGAUCAAAUAGUGACAUUACAUAAACAUUUGAAUCAUUGUGAAAACGUAUUGGAGCACACAGAAUCGGUAUUGUAUACUUUUCAAGAGGAAUUACAAAAUAUAACAAAUGAAAUUACUAGGUUACAGCAGAGAUCAAUAUUUAUGGCUCAACAACUCUGUAAUAGACAGUCCUUCAAAGGGCUCAUGCAUCAAUUUAUUGAAGAUGUAAUUGUGUCUGAAACACUUAUUUCAGUCAUAACAACAUGUUCAGUGACAGAUGAAAAGUUUUCAACACAUUUGUCUGUACUGAACUACAAAAUAUUGUUUGUUGAUGAACAAAAUUUCAAAGAUGUAAAAUCUCAAAACGAUGUAAAAGAUGUAUACGAGAAAUUAAAAAUUACGGCUACGUCAAAAAUUAGACAUUUCAUUAUGGAACAAAUAAGUAAAUUUAAGAAACCUACUACAAAUUACCAUAUACCACAAAACACUUUAUUUGAAUAUAAAUUUCUGUUUGAGUUCUUGCUCAAUCAUGAUUCAAUAUCUGCUCAAGAAAUAUAUAAUGACUAUGUUGAUGCCUUAAGUAAAGUUUAUUUUACUUAUUUUAAAUCAUACUUAAGUUAUUUACAGAAGCUACAAUUUGAAGAAGUAGCCACAAAAGAUGAUCUAUUAGCAGUGGAGGACACAACGUCACGUACCCUUUUUCAAAAAUCAAUCAAAAAAAAUACUGUGUUUACGAUCGGAAACAGAGCAACUGUUCUCAACGAAAUUGACAAUUCGAUCAUCAUACCACAUCAAAAUAAUUUGACCAAUUUAUCAUUUGAGGCAAUAUUUAGAUCGGUCCAGUAUGCUCUUGUAGAUAAUGCUUGUCGAGAAUAUAAAUUUGAUUGUGAGUUUUUCAAAGUUGACCAACCCACAGCUCAGGGGCUGUUCUCUCAAAUCAUGGGUAAAACGCUAGGACUUUUGAUUAAACAUUUAGAACAUUUUGUUGAAAAUUGCUAUGAUGCAUUAGCUCUUUUUUUGUGUGGCCAGUUAAGCAUGCGUUAUCAAGCUCUUUGUCAAAAUCGUUUAGUUCCAGGGCUUGCACAGUAUUGGGAUACCAUUCUUGCAAUGAUUGGGACCAGAUUUCGAUUUAUACUUAAACGACAUAUUCAAAGCGUUAAAGAUUACGAUAUUUCCAAAUUUAAUAAAGAGAAGAAGCCUCACUUUAUUAUGAGAAGAUAUGCUGAACUUGUAUCAGCUAUACUUUCAUUCAGUGAAAACAAUAAAUGUGAACCUGAAUUAAUUUGUAGCCUAACUGAAGAAGUUUUAGGGUUUGUUUUACGUCUUGCUACUAUGUUUAAGACUCGUAAAGAUCGUUUAAUAUUUUUGAUUAAUAAUUAUGAUUUGGUAUUGAGAAUACUAAUGGAACGUGUUAGAGAUAGUACAUUUGAAGUAGAUAGAUUUAAAGAAGAGCUUUCAGCAAGAAGUAAAGAUUAUGUUGAUGAAGUACUUCAUGUAUAUUUUGGUGGAAUGAUUAAGUUUGUUACAGACGCAGAGAAUGGCCGAGAUAUUGAUUCAGAUUCAAGGCAAUUAGGAUUGACUAAGACAUUCAUAUCUACCUGGAAGAUGUCUUUAGAAGAGAUAAAUAAAGAGAUAUUACCUUCGUUUCCUAAUCUAACAACAGGUGCUUCUCUGUUACAAUUAGCAUUUUCACAGUUAAUUGAUUAUUAUCAUAGAUUUCAAAAAGUUUUAUUAGCUCCAAACAAAGCACAGUUACCUAAUAUACAUGUGAUAAUGAUAGAGAUUAAGAAAUAUAAAACUAAUUAUUAGCUUUCAUACUCAGAUAUUGUUACAACCUAAUUGUAAGAAAAUUUGUUGUGAUUUUUAGGAAAUAUCAUAAAUAGUUAUUAUUACUUUUAAUUAUUUAUACGUUUUAUUUUUUCUCAUGUAAUAAUAAAAUUAUAUUUUUCUGUUAUUUUGUUAAUAAAUGUAUUAUUUUAUUUAUUA